GAAGACUGAAGACUCCAGUGAUAUGCAUAUUUGACUCAACACUCAAGAACGGGUCACGUUUAAGCUUUAAGGCGAUGUGCAUUUGUUUCUAAGCCCACUGCCCAAUCAGCUGAUCAGUAGUUCCUCACUUUCUUGUUUCGGGCGGCAAAUUGGUUUACAAUUUUCAGUAGAAUUUACUGAUUGAUUGUGAGGAUGGAAAGGAAAUCUUUUGGCUUCACACAGUCGAGGUUUAUGACAAAAAAACCUUCACCACACAGAAACAGUGAGACUACUACUGCAUCUCCCAUUGUUACCCCUCCUGCCAACCCUUUCUCUCGUAAGCCACCACAGAACCCUGCAACUUCUGGACAAAGUAGUGAAACAGGUGAACUUGCUCAUCAUGAACCUCAAAUGGAAAUGGGGGCAUGCUUUCCAGGUUUCUUCCAUAGCACACGGAGCUCACCUACCAACCGUCCAAGUCGAUUUUUUUCACCUGCUUCGAAGAAAAUUGAAGAAUAUCCUUUCACACCUACUAUCAAAUCCACAAACUGGCGUGGUGAUGACACGAGAUCGCCUAUUACACCUGCGGAUAGUCCAUCACCUCGUGUGACAUCGCACCCGACCUCUUUUGAAUCUAGUGGUGAAGUGGAAGGACUUUUCAUCCAUCGACCACAUAUCAGCGCCGGUCUUCCAAGUUUCUUCCAACGUCCAUUUAGUUCACCCGCUUCAGAAUUUUCUUUUACGCCUAAAAGGAAACCAACUGUGGCCGAGAUAAGUCCUGACAAAUCUUCAUCCCCCAUCGGGUUUGCUAGUAGCAGUGUUACGCCUUUUAGUACACCAUCACGAUUUAAAGCAAACAGCUUCUUGCAUACUACAAAUAGAAGCUCUGAGCAAUUGUGUGUGUUAAAGCAGCAGCAACUACCCAUCGAAACUCAAGACCAGCAAUUUAAAGAUGAAAGUGGAGCUUCUGCAGGUGCUAACGAUUCAGAACAUUCGGCCUUCUAUCGAUUCCAAUUAAACGAAACAGUUGAUAGUGAAAAACCUUAUUUGGACGAUAGUAAUAGGGAAAGAAAAAGUAGUUCAGACUGGAUGAAUGAGUCUUCAUUUCAAUCUGACCAAGAGAAAACCUCAUUCGAAAGGGAAGUGCGAUCGUUAACCGAAAAAUUGCUAGCGGCCGCUGCAAAUACUGAGUCAAAUACCAAGGCAGAGAACACAUCUUUAAAGAGAGAAUUAAGUAAGUCGCAGCAGCAAAUUUGUCAUUUAGAAGCGCAGUUUGAUGAGCUGAAAAAAAAUCAAUCGGAGGCUAUCAAAAGAGCCAGUGAUCUGUCGCGUGAAAAGGAAACGUUGCAUAGUCACAUUAGAAACUUACAGGAACAAGUUUCCGCUGUCGAAGAGCAACUUGAACAGAAGCAAGGUCAGUGUGAAAUGGUGAAUUCACAGUUAGAAGACAAGGAGCAACGGCUGAAAGAGGCACUUGAACGCAUUUCGACGCUAGAAGAAUUAUUACGAUCAUCAGAUGAACGACUCUCUGCCCUUCAAACCCAGUUGCAACAAGUUCUAAGUGAACGCGAAGCGGCGGAACAUAAAGUAAACGCACUAACUGGGCAAGUUGAUUGCCUCCAAGAAAAUCUCUCUACUUUAGGAUUAACGAUGUCCAACGCUGAAAAUAAUUUUCACUCUGCCCUGAACGACUACAAAGACAAACAGGAGAAGCUUGCGAAAGAGCUAGCCAACUAUCAAAUUACGGAAUCUGCCUUGAAAAAUGCUUGUACCGACUUUGAUUCUGUAAAAGAAGAACUCGGAAGCUGUACUAAUGAAUUGAUUAAGGCGCGAGCAGAUUCUAAAGCCAUUGAGAAAGAGAAACUUGAAUUAGAGGAACAUUUUGCUUGUCUCAAUGAAAAGUAUUCGAUUUGUGAACGAUCGCUGUGUACUGCUCAAGAAAAUAUCUCUUCACUUGAGUUGACACUCAGUGCACUUGAAGCCGAGAUUCAACAGCUUAAACUUCAUUUGGAAACGUCUUCUACAGAACUCUCCGCUACGGGAGAAAAAGCGUCGAAAUUUCAAGAGGAUAACGAGGUGUUGCGUUCUCAGUUAGAUUCUUUGCGGAAAAAUUUUAAUGAUUCUGAAGAAAACCUUCGAUUGAACUUAACUAAAGUACAACAAGUACUCGAUUGCGAAAUAGCAGCGCACACUGAAACUAAAAUGUCGGCAGUGAAGAUGUUGAGCGAUACUAAAAAUGCCUUGGAAUUUCAAGUAAAUGAAUUGCAAGAAAAUUGUGUAGUGGUUGAACGUAAAAAAGAAUUAGUCAAACAAGAACUCGACAGUGAACGAUCGGCACACAGUGAGACUAAAUCUGACUUAGAACUAUGCAAGAACCAAUUAGAAGAAGAUCGGAAUCGUCAUUUAUUGGAAUUGUCUAAGGUCCAGGAUACUGUAAAUAUUUUGAAGGAUGAGAAAAAUCAGCUGAAAUCUGAAAUCGACGAGUUCCGGGGAAAUUUGGUUGCGGCGUUCAGCCAAAAUGAAUCAAUUAAGAAAGAAUUGGACAACGAAAGAACGGUGCACAACGAGACAAUGUCAUAUUGGAAAAGUUGUAAGGAUCAACUGGUAAACGAUAAAUAUCAACAUUCUGUCGAACUAUCCAAGAUUCAAAAUGCGAUGAAGGUGUUGAGCGACCAAAAUAAAUUCCUUGAAGCUCAAGUAAAUGAAUUGAAAGGAAACAUAGGAGAGGCUGAGCGCCAAAAUAAAUCGAUCAAGCAAGAAUUGGACUGUGAAAUAACAGCGCACCAGGAAGCAAAAUCAAACUGGAAACUUACCCAGAAUCAUUUGGAAGACGACCAGAACGAACAGUCAGUCGAAAUAUCGAAACUUCAGAGUACUUUGCAGAUAAUGAACGACCAGAAAAAAUUCCUGGAAGCCCAAGUUAAUGAUUUGCAGUGCAAAUUGGUUGCGGCUGGACGAAAUCAUGAAGCGAUCCGAGAGAAACACCUUUCGUUUGAACGUCAAUUGGAAUUCUCAGCAAUAGAAAUUUCAACUUUGAGGGUAGAAGCUCAAGAGCAAUCCAACAGAAAUAACGAACUCCAGGCUCAACUUGAUGAAAUACGGAUGAAAUCUGCAUUAACAGAAGAUAACUUGAAGGCAGCAUUGAGUAAAUCUCGCAAGGAGCUCGAUUCGCAACGAGAAACUUAUCAGGAGACCGUGCGAAAUUUGACGGAAGCACGUUUUCAACUUCGUUCCUCAGAAAGUACAUGCAACGAAACUCUUUUCGAUCGAACCAAGCUACAGGCCGAAAUAGCCAAUCUCUUGAACGAGAAACUGAAAAUCGAAGAAAAAGCCCAGUGUUUGGAAAGAACAGUGAGAGCUCAAGAGCAGAAUAUUGAAGCAGUCACAGAAAACAAUCUCAAGCUAAUGAAGGACAAACUGGAAAUCGAAGAAACAGUCAAACGUCUGGAAAAGGAAUUAAGUUUUCAGGAGCAGAAUCUGGCCGUACUUACUGCAGGCAAUGCUUCUUUGAAACAAUCGCUUAGCGCUUACGAAGAAUAUAUAAAAAUCACCCAUCAAAAGUGUCAACUCGUUUUCACUGAAAACUCUGGAGCUAUGAAUAAUGCAAGAAAUCUGAUAGAUGAAAUUAAAAUAUUGAACGAGAAAAUGGAAAUCAUCCGACAAAAUGCCGAAGUUGUUGAUGAAGAUUUUAAGGAUUUAAAUUUUUCUUUUGAAAAGUUCAUAGAGACGAAGAACUCCUCCUUUAUGGAAAUCUGGGAACGUCUACAGGAUAAACAGUUCUGUCUUACAUCUUCGGUUGAAGCGCUACAAAGAGCAACCAUCGAAAAGUCCUCGUUGGAAAAUGAGAUAUCCGGGUUGAAAACUGAAAAAAUGGAGUUCGAGAACAAAAUCAAGACGUUAACAGAAAACUCAGUAACAUCGGAAUCUACCCAAGAAAAACUUCGAAACAGAAAUGCUGUUCUAGAGAACAUGAAAUCAUCAGCAAGUCAACAGAUUUUAGAUCUUCAAAAGCGCGUGCAUUCAGUAGAAGCUGAACUAGCCUUAUCAAACGAAAAAGCCCAAGAACUGGCGAAGGAGAAAUCGAGUCUGGAAAAUCAACUAGGUUCAUUACGCCGCCAGUUGCAAGCGUCCCAGGACAAAAGUGAAAAAACUAUUCGAAUGCUGAUUGCAGAUAAGGAAGAGCUUGAGAAAAGCACCAAAACACUGACAGAAACCACAGUUAAGUGGAAAUCUGCUUACGAACAAAUGCGCAAUCGAAACUCGGCUCUAAAUAGUUCGGUGGCUUCGUCAAGUCAGCAGAUUUCAAAUCUUCAGCAAAGUGUCGAUGCUCUGGAAACGGAGCUAAAAUCGUCGAAUGAAAAAGCUAGAGAUUUCUGUGUGUAUAAAACAAAUCAGGAGUCUCAGCUAGGAUCACUUCGCCAACAGCUGCAAGUGUGUCAAGAGAAGUCCAGUCGGGAUUUGGAAAAAUUGCGAACCCAAAUGGAAAUCGAAAGAGCCUCUCACGAAGACUACAAAACGCGUCUUGGCGUCACUAUCAGUAAUCCUCAGGAAUCCAAAGUGCUUACGAAUGAAAUUAAGCAUGGAUGCCCAAAGGUCGCGAGCAAAUUAAGUAAGAGAUUCGUGAACGAUAACCAAAACUCGAAUGCUCAGCGAAAUGAAAUGCUAUCAGCACCAUCAGUUGUCACCAACGAAGAAUUUCAGAGACGACCGUUGAACGACUGUCGUACGCAAUUAGAAACGGGGAAGACGUCACAUAAAAACCAGUACAUCAACUCGGAAAGUCCUUCAAGUGAAUUGGGUCUUGCAAACUGCCUCGAAGACACCGUCAACAUUUCUUCUAAGAAUAAGGCCGCAGACAAACGGGGCAGUGAAACAUUAGCAACGGACGGAGAAAAUAAGCCGGUUGAAAUUGUUGAAGAAUCUCCACCUUCGGUUACUCGAAAGGCUGCUACAAGAAGUGCGGCGGCUGCUGCCAAACGACCACUUUCCGUUAUUAAGAUAGAAUGCGAGUAUUCUUCUAACACCAGUAGCAACGAGCAACGUGCAACUGAGAUCAACAAUGAGGCAUACGCAAUUCGUGGGCGGAAAAAGUUGGUUCCCACUCCAUCUCCACCAUAUGCUUUUCCGACGCCGUCGCCAAUAUCAGUAGAUAACAAACAUGUCCAACAGAAUCCAAAAUCACCGGCAAAAGUUGUCAGAGCUCGAAAAGAAGAAGCUCAAGUCAGCGCUAACGAUUCCUUCUCAGCGACACCUUUUCCACCGGCUAAGCAGACUUACGCCCGAAAACGCUUAUCGAUGACUGCCCGUACCUGCAAAACCAACUCAAGUCCAGUCCCUCCCAGCCCGCUCUCAGCUCGGGUAGCUAAGAAACCUCGUAACAAGUAGAUUUAUCUUUUUUGAAGAGAGAUCAACAUCCUUAUUGAAAUAGGAACUUUCAAGUAAUGGAUAGGCAAUUUUCAUUCGAAUUAACUUGGUGUUACAAAUUGCCAAAAGCUUUUCAUUUCUUUUUCUCGAGUUCCAUAACUUAAAAAAUGUCUUUAAUGUAAGUUGGAUUUUGUCAAUUCCUCUCUUGUGUUGGCUGCUAGGAAGGUCAUUCAAGUGUUGCCUUUUUUUGUCAGUCAUUUCGUUCCCUCCUUUCAUCCCCUUUGUUCUUUGAAAGGAAUACAUGUGUUAAAUUCCCGUA